GUCUGACUUGUAUUUAUACAGUGAUCAUGUCGGCCGAAACUCAACACCUCGGUGACUUGCCAGAGUUCUGAAUGAAGUUCGCACAGACCUGCCAGGGGCUCACCAGGGGCCAACAGAGAGCUAUGAUUCAGUUGGAUGUCGUGCAGGGGUGUGUUGUGGUCUGUUUCUGGGAACUGGAUUUGGGAAAGAGGGUUAUCUGCUGCUGAUAAGGGACACAUUUAAAAGACUGGCUUAGGAUGAGACUGGCUCACUUGUCACUGCCAGCUGGAGGGAGCACCAACACUGUGCUUAUUACACAGGACACGGAUCAUGCUUCUGCUCGUGGUCACCGUUUCCGUUGCCAAUGUGUUUUUUGCUGUUGGAGUAGUUUGCAUGCCCCUGCCGGACCAGGGCCCCCAUUUAGCCCACAGCUGGGGCCAGAUGAUCCGGCUCAGGCACCUGUACGCCGCCAGGCCGGGACUGCAUCUGCUGAUCAGCGGGGAUGGACAGAUCCACGGCUCUGCGCACCAGACUCCAUACAGUCUGCUGGAGAUCCGCUCAGUGGACCCGGGAUGUGUUGCCAUCAGAGGAGUAGCAGCUGCACGGUUUCUCUGCAUAGAAGAAGACGGACGGCUCUACUCAUCGCACACCUACAGCAGAGACGACUGCACCUUCAGAGAGCAGAUCCUGCCCGACGGGUACAACAUCUACGUCUCCGACAGCCACGGAGCCCUGCUCAGUCUGGGAAACCACCGGCAGAGGCAGCAGGGUCGAGACCGAGGAGUCCCAGCUCUGGCCCAGUUCCUCCCCAGGAUCAGCAUCCUGGACUGGGCCUCAUCUCCCGAUCUGGACGUCCCCGACCAAACAGGACAGAGCGCAACAAAAACAGAAGAACCUGUUGACACGAUGGACUCCUUUGGAAAACUCUCUCAGAUCAUUCACAGCCCCAGUUUCCACAAGAGAUGAGACAGCAGCUUGGAGACACCAGGAGACACAUGUGUCCUGAGUGUUCUACUUUGUCUGAGGCCUGGAAAGUGGGUGUGGCUGGAGCAGCGACGUGAUCUGCUCACCAUCCCUACACGUCAGUCCACGAUCAGCCUCCUUCUCUCCCUUGGUCCGGGAGCAGACGCCCUAAAGAGAAUGCCAAGUUAGCUUUAAGCUAGCUAUGAAGUGUAAAGUUAAAAGAGAGGUGGUUAAAGUUAAGGUCAGGGCAAGGGUUACAUCACACCUUCAUGUAUAAUGAAUUAUAUGUUUGGCCUCAUGUUUAUUAACGACAGCGUCACCUUGUAGCAGAGUUCAAAUAGCUGUCACGUUGUCGAGUUUGUCUUUUACUAUCAGUGGUGGGCAUAGCUUGUAGGGCCGUGUCGUGUAGGCUCCAGACAUAAUGUGGUUGUACAUGUCUCUGAAAACAUGUGCUCAACCCUGCAUGUUGCAGAACCAGGAACCAACUGCACAUCCAGCCAGCCUGCACCCGGAAAGGUUGCUGCAACAUCCUGCCUGCGCUGUCCACACAGACAUGUCCCAACAGAAUACAAGUGCAGUGUCCUACGGAGCGGAUACACACCGCUACUGAGUAUAAUGUUCAUGUUUGUGUUCGUUUGGAAUAAAGACAAGGUGCAUGAUCAGAUGAAUGAAGAGUAGCACCGACUGGAAAAAGGAAAACUGUGUCAGUCACAGUGCGACGAUGAAGGAGCACCCAGCAUGUGUUUAGACACUUUACAUCUUAUUCACGGUGUGUUUUAACACAAAGUUCUCCUUCUGACACGUUAGUAAUCUCAGGGCACACAGAGGAAAAACACGCUACUAUCUGUAGAUGAGGAUCAAGAUGUUGAUCACAGAGAUACUUAACUUGCUUUGCCCAGGGGCCACUUUUGCAAAAUGACAGGUGGCCAGUCACAAGAGCCCCACACAGGUCAGCUGUACGGGCCGCUGGUUAAGUAUCACUAAUCUAUCGGAUAGUAACUGCAGUUGUUUUCUUGCUGUACUAUAGUUGUAUUUAUUUGGUUAUUUAAAUGUCUAUCAUUUGUUGAGUGCACUUUUGCAUUUACUGUAUAUAUGGAUGUUUCCUGAAUCAGAAUCUGGCAAGUAUGCGUGCACAUACAAAGAACUUGACUCCGUUUUUUUGUAGCUGUACACAGAGUAGACAUAUAGUUAAAGACCUUGACAAGAAAGGAGAAUAAGGUGAAUAUAAGCAUUUGACUACUAUGUAAAGAUAAACAUACAUAUAUGUAAAAAGCAGUAGUUUGUAUUGUUUGAUGUUGAAUGUAAUAGA